AUGUGGAGUGCGUUGUUGCCAGAUCUCACUCGGACGUCAGACAUUCACACCAACCAGUUCAACUGCCACACAGGCACGACGUACGACGUGACAACAGUGCCGGGCGAGCCCUACACCUUCCUGAGCUGUGGCGAGGACUCUACUGUGCGCUGCUUCGACCUGCGCAUCAAGGAGAGUUGCUACCGGAUGGACUGUACCGAGGAUGUGCUGAUAUCGUGUCAACGAGCCGUGACUGCUCUGACUGUCAACAGCACCGCUCCUCAUGAGUUGGCCAUUGGUAGCUCUGAUAGCACUGUGCGCAUCUUUGAUCGCCGAAAUCUCGGCACCAAAUCAUCAGGUUAUUCGAAGGCGAGUUGUGUUCGUCCAAUGAUGUCACUGGCAGCGCCGGGCCUCGAAGGCAGGUCGUUCCGCAUCACCUCGCUGGCAUACUCACCCGAGGGCCACGAAAUACUUGUCAGCUACUCGUCCGAGCACCUCUAUCUGUUUGGUUGCAGGGACCAAUCAUGCACCACCCUGGAGCCGAGCCUAGACGAGGAGGAUGAGGAGGACGAUGACUUGGAGGUGGCCGAGAGGAGGGGGGUGACUGGUCAGAGGCGGCCUGUGACUCUAAUUGGGCCAGCAAGAGGGCCAGGUCUGCCCCCCAUCAGACGUCUGCGGUUGCGGGGUGAUUGGUCCGACACGGGACCAGAUGCCAGACCGGAGCGGGAACCCGGUCGAAGUGGAGACGUGGGCCAGGCCAGACCAACUCUACAUGCGACUCUGAUGCAGCGCAUGACAGAUGUGCUCUCGCGCAUGCUCAAUGACCCAGCUACCAGGGCGGCACUAAGUCAUGGCGGUGAGGAGGACAAUCCCCCCACUGGGCCAUCAGAGGUUGACGUGGGGGCGGGAGGAGAGGAACUGGUUCUGCCCUUUGUGCAUAGUGGGGAGAGACUGGAAGAAAACCCUCUCAAUAUGCUCAUCACUCCUGAUCGCUCGCCCGUUCAUGUUUCAGAAGCCGCCACGGACAUGGUGUGGACUGACGAUGUGAAUACUAGUCAACAAUCAGCUGUUCCCUCCACCUCCUCCUCAUCAUCAUCCUCCUCAGCCACCACCUCACCUCCCACCCAGAGGCAGCCGCCGCCAAGGAAGUACUCCCUCCCCUCCUUCAAGACCAUCUACUCGGUUUACACCAAUACAGCUGAUCCUCUCCCUCCCUCCGCUCUGGAAAGGGGUGUUGUCAAUACGAGCGCUGAUGCCACGCCUGGCGGAUGCUGCAGUGUUGCCGCGUCGACUGCCUCCUCAUCUGAAGUUCCUGGCAUGAAUGUGGAUGAACCCUCCACUUCUUCGGCCUCCUUCUCUGCUGGUCCUCCUCUUGAUCCUCCUCCUUCUUCUGCUUCUCCUCCUCCUCCUCCUUCUUCUUCUGCUUCUGCUUCUCCUCCUCCUCCUCCUUCUUCUUCUGCUUCUGCUUCUCCUCCUCCUCCUCCUCCUUCUUCUGAUUCUCCUCCUCCUCCACCUCCUCCUCCUUCUUCUUCGUCUGAUUCUGCUUCUGCUUCUGAGCCAAUGGCAGCAGGCGGCAGUGGAAGUGGGAGCUCUCCCACCGAUCAUGAGAAUGUUUCAAACCUUAAAGAUCAGCUGUAUACUAUGCGUCACGGAUUCAUUGAGAAACAUGGUACAGAGCCAAUGGUGAACCUCCAUUACUCAGAGAAGGGCUCGACAACAUCCAGGAUCACAAUGUGCGUGGCUGAUGAAGUCAACAGGGAAGUGGCUUCUACAUCCACCUCUGCCUCCACAUCCACCUCUGCCUCCACAUCUACCCCUACAUCUUCAUCUAAUCCUCCUCCUAGUCAAGGUACGUCAAAUGGUUUCUGAAUAAUAAAUUCUUGC